AUGUACCCCAUUUUGCAGCAGAGGAGCCUGAGACCUGGGACAUUAAGCAACUCGCCCAAAGAUCUCCCUUGGCCCACCAUUGAGAGGAGGGAUUUCGGACAAGGGGAAGAAUGUGGGCCUCCUGUUGACCCCCGGGGGUUGAUAGACGUGAAGCAGGAAGAGUGGAGACCCUGUCAAAAGGAGCUGUGGUUCCAGUUCCAGGGGCUGUCCCUGCCCUGUCCUAAGAGACAUGCAGGAGCUCCAAGAGGGAAUAGUAAAUGUCCCAGGAGGCUGGGGAGCUUGGAUUCCUGCCAAAGCAAAUGCAUUUGCUCCCUGGCCCUGGCUCUAAUCCCAGUGCCUGGCUUCGAGUGGGGAAUGUGUCCGAUCAAUGAUGGCCAAUUGAUGAAUGCACAACACUGCUUACCUCUAGGAUCAUUUGUGAGAACUAAAAGAGAUACCACCAGGAACUUGCUCAACACAGAGCUGCACAGUGCGACGGCGCAGCGCUGGUCCAUGAAGGUGCCGGCCGAGGUGAGUGCGGCGGCGGGCGAGGCGGCAGUGCUGCCCUGCACCUUCACGCACCCGCACCGCCACUACGACGGGCCGCUCACGGCCAUCUGGCGCGCGGGCGAGCCGUACACGGGCCCGCAGGUGUUCCGGUGCGCGGCGGCGCGGAGCAGCGAGCUCUGCCAGACGGCGCUCAGCCUGCACGGCCGCUUCCGGCUGCUCGGCAACCCGCGCCGCAACGACCUGUCGCUGCGCGUCGAGCGCCUCACGCCGGCCGACGACGGCCGCUACUUCUGCCGCGUCGAGUUCGCCGGCGAAGUCCACGAUCGCUACGAGAGCCGCCACGGCGUCCGGCUCCGCGUGACCGCCGCCCCGCGGAUCGUCAACAUCUCGGUGCUGCCCGGCCCGGCGCACACCUUCCAUGCGCUCUGCACGGCUGAAGGGGAGCCGCCGCCCUCCCUCGCCUGGUUCGGCCCGGCCCUGGGCAACGGCUCGGCCGCCGUGCCGAGCCCAGGUCAAGAUCACGGCCACCAGGUGACCGCCGAGCUGCCCGCGCUGGCCCACGACGGCCGCUACACGUGCGCGGCCUCCAACAGCCUGGGCCGCGCCGAAGCCAGUGUCUACUUGUUCCGUUUCCACGGCGCCUCCGGGGCCUCAGCAAUCGCCCUCCUGCUCGGUGCGCUUGGCGUCAAGGUGCUGCUGCUGCUCGGCGUUCUGGCCGCCGUCGCCGCCGCCCGCCACCGCCUAGAUUACCCAGUCAUCCAGGACGCCUCACCACGGCCCCAAGCUCAGGAGUCCAAUUAUGAAAAUUUGAGCCAGAUGAGUCCUCAGGGCCCACCAGCAGCCGUGUGUUCACCUUAA